AUGGCUCAACCGGUGCACUCCCUAGGGCCUACGUGUGCCUUUUACGACGAAGAGCCCCACGAGGAAGCUGUCGACGAUGGCCUAGCACCUCCCACUGUCAGAGCACAGUUCUUCUACGUGUCCUCGUUGCCCAUAGACGAUCCCCUGUCUCCUCUCCCACCUGUGUCUGCGGACAAAGCCACAGACCUACCACCCCAGCCGUUCUCGGUCCGAGACAAUGCUGCUCUGGAAGAAGCAUGGCAAGCUCUCCACCGCAGCGGUGAAGACCUCAACGAGGAGCAGAGGGAAAGGAGGAGGAAUCUUGCUACAGGAGUUUUCUCUUUCCCACGUUCCAGAGAUGUUCGUGGCGGAAUGUCCAGGGCAACGGCGUCGGGAGCCUCUGACAGCAAGGCCAGUUCACGCGGCCGCACAAAACCAUCGGCGAAAGUGCCGGCCUCAAGUUCGGAGGUUAUGCUGGAUCACACGCCUGUUGAUCCGCAGGGCGAGUCUAGGCCGGUGAAUGCGGAAGAGCUGCGCGAGAGUUCCGGAGCUCAGCAGCAACCGAGCAAAGAUUCAGGCAGGCACAGGAAGCACCGCUCGCCUUUCCGUCACCGACACAAGGGAGGCAAGAAGAGCCGCGACGCUUCUCCGAACCAACACAAGCUUGAUGAAGAUGGUCUAUCCGGAGCUCAACCAACCGCUGACCCUGGGUCUAAUAUUAGCGGUCGACCUUUUGCGCGAGCUCCCAGUGAACGCAACAUCAGUUCUUCCCUGCCGCAUGGAUCUGGGUAUGCCAACGCUGACUUUUCGGACGCAGAGUCUACGAGUCGCUCCCGGAGCGCUGGCCGACAUGGCAAGGACAAAGAGGACGAGGACGAGAAGGCAUUCGUCCCGGUUGGAGUGUCCAAGCUACAUUUGGUCGAGCUGCCUGACCUCGUGAUGAAACCUAUAUACUGGUCCCCAAUCAACGAUACUUCAAAUGUCAUACGCGCCACAUGGUUCUACAAAGACACCAUGUUGCCAGUGCCUGCCGAAGUGGCCAACCGUUUGGAGGUGGGCUACGAGUACAUCAAGCCGUUUGCACCCUCGUAUCAGGAAGAACUGCAGGCUUGUAUCGACAACGGUGCUGCUGCCGAGAUGAAGGUCGUGCAUAGAUUGUGGCCCGACGACUUGAAGAGCAGCAGACCUUCCACCAGCCUCGAUAUCAAGGAGUCAGACCACCCCGAGCGGCGAAGGAGCCAGGAGCUGCCGGAAACGGUUCAGAACGCAGCGGCAGAUCCGCAGAAGGCUUGGACGAGGCGACUGUUUGCCACUCACAGCGUCAUCUACACGGACGCUCGAAAUGCUCAGAUCUUGAAGCCUAACCUGCUCCCAUCGAUUGCUCAAAAUCGUCGACCGCUGAGCUCCCUGCGCAAGGGUCGACAGAUAGGCGUUGCUGUUGUUCGUGGUUUCGAUCGCAAAGCCUGGUUGAAAAUCCAUCCUGACCACAAGAUGGAUGCCAAAACUGCCCACGCCAAGGUUGGCGCGUAUAUGUCGCAGUCCGGGGACGCCACCACGCGAGGUCGGCGCAUGUCCUGUGCAGCCUGUGACCAAGAGAGCGCCGGACCAAGGGUUAGUGACCUGGUCCUGGUCAUCCACGGCAUCGGCCAGAAGCUCUCGGAAAGGGUUGACAGUUUCCACUUCACUCACGCCAUCAAUAGUCUGAGGCGCGAGUUUAAUGUCGAACUAGCCACCGAGGUGGUCAAGGGCAACUUGAGACAUGGGACCGGUAUCAUGGUUCUGCCGGUGAAUUGGAGACUGACUCUGUCCUUCGAUGAAGACAUCAAAACCGCUUCCGAGGACACCGAGAACAAAUUCGGGUUGAAGGACAUCACCCCGGACAGUCUUCCAGCGGUUCGCUCCGUUAUCAGCGACGUGAUGCUGGACAUUCCAUACUACAUGUCACACCACAAGGAGAAAAUGACUUCGGCGGUCAUCCGAGAAGCGAACCGAGUUUACCGACUAUGGUGUCGAAACAACCCUGGGUUCGAAGAUUAUGGCCGCGUUCACCUGAUCGCUCACUCGCUGGGCUCCGUGAUGGCCAUGGAGAUACUCGGGCAGCAGCCGACUCGGAUAGGGAAGGACAUCAAGCUGGACCCCAAAAGUCCGAGUCAGAAGUUUUUUGAAUUCGACACGACCAAUUUAUUUUCCUGCGGCAGCCCUUGCGGCUUCUUCUUGCUUCUCCAUAAUGCCAGUCUCGUUCCCCGUAAGGGCAGGGACAAACCUGGUAUGGAAGGUGAAGACGGACAGCCUGGGAUUGCUAGCGAGGCCACGUACGGGUGUCUCGCCGUGGACAACAUCUACAACAUUGUCCACAGAAACGAUCCCAUCUCGUAUCUGCAAAACGCAUCAGUGGACGAACUGUACGCUAGGUCGCUUCAACCUGCCGUGAUCCCCAGCGCCAGUGUCGGCUUCAUGACCCGCGUUGGCAGACAUCUGCACCUGGCGUCGAGCACGGCGGGCGACGCAUACGCAACUGCCGCGCCACCGGUGCGUCCGGAGCUUCAGCAGAUGCCCAGUACCGUCGAGCUGGAGACGCACAACUUCUCGAGGGAGGAAAUUGCCGAGAAACGCAUGUAUCUGCUCAACGAGAAUGGACAGAUUGAUUGGUUCCUAUCGGCCGGCGCUGGACCCUUGGAGUUUCAAUACUUGAACAUGCUCAGCGCGCAUAGCAGCUACUGGUUGCUGCAAGACUUUGUCAGGUUCCUGGUCGUGGAGAUUGGAAGAGAGCCCGGGAAGAGUCACACAUUGCCGGCGUUGAGAGCGGUCAAGAAGAGGGAAUUCAAAAGAGGGGAUAUCCCUGACUGA